AUGAGCUCCCCUCCUUCAGAACAUUCAUCUCAACAACACCCCUGUAGAAAGGAAGAUUGUUACUUGUCAUUUCCCAGCAAAACCCAACUCAAGAAGCAUCAGAGAGUAGCUCACCAACCUCAUGUCUCUUGCACCAUCUUUGGGACCAAUGAAACAUUGAGGCUCACUAGACAAGAUAAUGGACGAUUUGCUUGCCCUACCAAUGGAUGCCUCGAAAGCACUGAAGACCCGGUCAGAAUACAACGACAUGUCAAGAACUGUGAUCCAGCUCAGUUUCAACAGCCAAGGGUGAUGACAUUGCCACCUAGAGACUUCGUGACUCUGGUGCAACCUGGAGAUCAACUUGUUGUGGUGCCUGAGCACCCAAGCCUUGCCUACAACAAAUAUGCAGACAUUAUAAUCUGUACCACCUGCCAUACUGGCCUGGACACCCCUGAAGUUCAAGCCCACCUGCACAAUGCUCACAAAGAGAAGGUCAGACAGGAAGACAUAAUUCUUAACUUCUAUUCCCAUGGCGUCUCCCUCCCUGCAACUGCGCCGAAAUAUCCGGUCUCUCGAAGUGGUCGUCUAGACACUUGCCAACCUGUGCAAGGGCUCUUUAUGUACUUGGGGUUUAUUUGUACUGCUGAUAAGCAUGGGGAACAGUGUGGCCAUACUGUUCGAAAAGAGGACUCGAUUAAAAAUCACUUUCGUCUGGAACAUACUGACUCUAAUGGGCAUUGGAAGGACAACUGUAAAAGAAGUUAUGUACAACACUUGGUUCACAAAAAGAGGUACUUUUGCGUGGAUCGUGUUCCAGCUGCGCCGCCCGUGAUAAGUGGGAUACUUGAAGGAGACGAAUGGAGGCCUCAUACUACGGAUACUCCUCUGACGGAGAGAUGGGAGCAACUCAAAGAUGCGCUUUCAAAUCUGGAUGUCUUUUUGGUUCCAGAGGCCAAUGCCAAUACCGAUGUCCACGCUUCCUUGCUCUAUGACCUAGUCAACUACCCCGAUGAGAUGGACGACUGGAUCAAAUACGUGGAGGCGUGGAUGUUGACAAGAAUGAAUUCCUUGAAAGAGGCUCAUUAUGGACUUAGAAAAGAAGGAUUGAAAGAAUCCACGGAGAAGGAAGCUCCCACAGUUGGACUGUCUCCCUUGCAGGAGAAACAGACUAGGAGCAGAUACGCAAGGACGAUUGGCAAGAUGCUGCUGUUCACUUGGAAGACGUUUGAUACUCCACUGGCGGCUUUCUGGUCUAGACGUCAACUAAGACUGAAAACUACUUUGGCAAGCCUCUCUAGAUGUGUCGGAAAUCCGUUGUCCUCUCAAGAAACCAUCAACCAGUUGCUAGAUUUGGCUAUGUUUCAGUAUGUUGGCUUUUCUUGCUCUCUGGCGAAACUCUCGAGGGUCCAAUCGGCUGUGGAGCAAUUCAUAGCACUCUCUAUGAUCCAAGAAGAUGGAUCCUUCUUUGCGCCCCUCGAAUUGACUCAUAACAUUGCAGCGGUGCAAUAUGGAAUUCGACUAGGCCUGACUUUCCACUGGGUGGCUCUAGCGUCGGAGAUGGAUGAUGAAGAAUUGGAAGAAGACGAAGAACAAGACCUGAGCAAUGAUGCAGAGAUGGCGAAAAUGCGGCAACACUUCUCUUGGAUUUCGCAAGACUCUCGAGCAUCACCUUUUAUGACUCUCAGGGACUGGAUGAGACUGGGCUCUACCUUCAUCAUGAAUGAGCAAGUGCCUGACGAGACGCACUGGGUGGACUCUGAAAUGACCCGUCUGAUGAUUGGCCCUUCAACAAUUACGAUUAAUGGGGUCCAAACAAGUCUCCGGGCGGUGAUCACUUCUCUUCGAACAGAGUUCCAAAACGUACUCAAAGGGGUCACUCUGCCUGAUUUCUUGGCGACUGAACUUGUGGAUGAUUCUCGAAAUACUAGCCUUCAUUACAACUACCUAGUGCCAUCGACCAAUGAACAGCUGUAUCGACUGAAAGUGCUCAAGGAUUGGACUCUGAAUGGUAAUCCUCAAAAAGUCCUUGCUCCCAACUGGGAGGAGGUUAUCCAAGUUCCAAAUCCAAAUCUUAAGCGGUUAUGGGCUCCUGGACCUGCGUGGAGAUGGCUCGAAAGAACGGAUGUCUUGCUUGAAUACAUCUACUUCAUGUACCAUGUUGGUUGUGGGCAACCUGCUAGGGGAACGGAGGAGACUUGUAUGCUCAUUCGGAAUACGGAGUCUGCGCCGAGGAACGUUUACUGGCGAGGGAAUCGAAUGAUGUUACAGACUUGGUAUCACAAAGGCCAAAACAUCACUCACCGAUCCAAACCAAGGCAGGUCUACUUGACUGGGGAGCUUUCAAUGCAGCUCCAUAACUACUUGGCUUACAUUAGGCCUGUCCAAUUGGCUAUUCUGUCUGGCCUUGGUAGGGUAGAUACAGCCAAAGAUAUGCAAGAUUAUCUUUGGGUCAGCUCAAGGAAGGGACGUCUGGAAACAAACGACUUUACUCGAAUCAUGAAGAAGUUCUUCCCCCUUGGAGGAAACGAUGCUCUGGGGAUGAGGUCUUGGCGACAAGCUUCUGUUGCAAUUGCAUCAGCCCACCUCAACAAGAAGAUUCCAGCUCAGUUACUGCCUGAUGAAGAGACCAUUCGACAGGAUUUGGAAGAAGAUAUGGGACUCAAUAAUGUGAUGGAUCUUCAGCGCAAUCACACUUCGAUGACGUCCAACUUGCUUUAUGGUGGGAGUAGUGGAAGUGGAGUAGCAAGAGAUGGGGAGACUAAUUUUAUGAAGGCUAGUGAGGCAUGGCAGGCUUUCUGGCGUCCGAUCCAGCCAGUUGCUGAUGAGGUUGCCCCAGCUGAUAAGGCCAGACAAGCCCUGACGAUCUUCACCAAGAACCCAAAUGCUCGAUUCCGGUCUGAAUUUCAGCACAAGUGGCUUACGGAGCUCUUCAAGGAGAAGUUGGUGGACCUACUGGUUGUCUCAAAAACGGGAGGUGGUAAAUCACUGGCUUUUACUCUGCCUCCUUUGGUGUUUUUUCGUGAAAGAACAAUCCUUGUCCAACCACUCAGGGCCCUGAUUAACCAGACGAUGAAUGACCUCCGACGGCUUGAAGGGGUCAAAGCUCAACUCUACCUCGAGGAUACUAGAUUGGACAAGGAGGCUCAAGUGAUUGUGGCGCUUGCGGAUCAUGCGGCUUCUUUGGACUUUGCCAACCAACUCAGGACGAUGCAGCCCACGCGAAUUAUCAUUGAUGAGGCUCACUCUUUUCUAGAGGACGGAUUUCGAACCUACAUCCCUGGAGUGGUAGCCUUGGGCCAGAUCUGCUGUCAAAUUGUCCUCUUAACUGGCUCCCUGCCUCCUUCUCAAGAACAAGACUUGCUCAGCAGUAUCUUUGGACGAACCCGUAUCAAUGCCCUUCGGGAGUCAACAUUCCGACCUGAAUUGAAUAUCGAAGUGCAUUUGGAAUUUGCAUGGCCAAACCAGCUGGCUGAUAUUGCGACCCCUAUGAUUCACAAUUAUGUAGUGAAGCCUGAAGACCGGGCAAUGAUCUUCAUUGAAAAUCGGAAGGAUGUUGGUGAUGUUGCAGAACAACUGGAUUGCUUUUUUCAUCACUCGGGUCUGACGGAUGAGGAAAGGGACUCAAAUGCGGCUGCGUGGCUUGGAAAAGAUCGUGGAGUCAUAGUGGCUACUAGUGGCUUUGGCGCAGGGAUCAACUAUGCUCAUGUUCGACUUGUCAUCAUCUACGGAAUUCCAAACGAAUCGGAGGCCAACAAAGUGUAUCAGCAGAUUGGAAGGGCUGGUAGGGAUGGAAAUGAAGCAAGAAUCGAGCUGAUACCUGGACCAAUCGAUCAUCCGAUUGGGAAUGCAGAAGACCAACCAGGAAUGGACGACUUCAAGAAGGCUCUGGGGAACCCAAUGAAUUGUCCCGCCCAGGUAUUCUCCAGACUAGAAGAUGAGCAGGCCAUGUCUUGCAAGAACUAUCCGACUUUUCGACAGUGCCUAGCUUGCAGAAGGCACUCAAGAAACCUGGGUGUCAGAGGCCCCUACGAAUUACCACCAAGACCUCUUCCUAUUCAGCCUCCUCCAAUUCAACAGGACUCUGGAAGCAACACGACUGAUGGCCAAUUCCACACUUCUCCAAGAGCUUCAGGCAUAGAUGAUGUGGAGUUGGUAUCAGUGGGAGGCUCCAAUCGAAAUUCCUUUGGUAAAAGACUAAGGACUCCUGAUAUCAUGGAAACUGGAACUGAAGGAAUGGAUGAGGUACACUUUCGGAAGAUUGCUAGGGUGGCAGAGGAGAGGAGAAUUCAAGAGCCCAGCCAGAUACCCACCUUCCCCAAGCAGCCUGCUUCGGUCAAUCUGGUAGACUCAACCAGUGCGGUAGAAUUACAUGCGGAGGAAGACCAUCAAGCAUCUCUCCUGAAGGAUUUCAUUGCCAAGAUGAAUGGUAAUUGUCCAGCCUGCUAUUUGUGGACAAACGGGCCCACAAGGCCAUACUGCGAGAAGCUGUCAGGCUUUACCUCCCUCGAAGUCAUUGACAACUGGUGGCCGUGA